GGCUCGGGCCUGCUGCAGGAGAACCGAACCGAGCCCAACCGAACAGGGCGGGCAGGGCUGGGCAACGCCGAGGGGCCGGGCGCGGGACGCCGGCCCCGGGAGGGGGCGGCCGACACAGCUCCCACGCCCGCCCAGGCCCCGGGACCCUAACCCAUCUCUGGGUUGCAGCUAGAGGAAGACCUGCCCAGGACCGGGGCUUCACCCUCCCGGAGCCCCUGGUCCCAGCCUUCCCAAGCGAGACCUGCAGGACUUCCUGGACAAGGCCCUUCUCGCACCCGCUGGGCCUGGGGUUGAGAGGGUGGGUGCCCUCUUCUCCUGGGGGCCUUUCAGGCUAUCAGCCACAGGGCUUGGGUGCUCAGGCUGCCCUUCUCCUGCACCCUGACCUUGGGCCGUGGCCUACCCCUGGGGGAGCCUUGGCGGUGCCUUGCAUCACCUUACCAGAGCUGGCAGGCUGUCCAUCCCCAGCUGCACAGCCACUGCCUUUCCUGUUGUCCCCAAGCUCUAAAAAGCUCCUGACAGCUCCUGUUUGGCCGCUGGGUCAGGUUCUGGCAGGAAGGUCAGGCCCACAGGAUGACUGGUGGCCAGGAAGGUAGCCCUGAAGGCCUCAGAAACCAUCUACUCACUGAACAGAAAACUAAGGCCCUGAGAGAGGGGAGGGCCAUGCCAGAAGUCUCUGGAGCAUCGUCUCCCUGAGGCCAGGCACGGCUGUUCCCUACACCAGAAGACAGGGUGGGCUCACCUCUGGGGACUCCACCUGAUGCCAGGCAUGUGGUCCGACCUGUGGGGCCUGCAGGGCCUCAGUACCCACUGGGCCUCAUCAAACACUCCUGGCGGCCUGAGUGUUGGGCAGGGCAGGGUGUGCUGGCCCAUUUUCUCCAGACAUGAACAACCAAGUUUUAGGACAGUGAGUGACUUGCCCACAGAGUGGAAGGCAGAACCUGCACGGGCACCCAGGUACCCUGCUCCUGGCUGGGGCUCUCACCACCGCGUGGCCAGCAUCCCUGCUUGCCGGGAGCCCUGCAGGACUCCCACGCCCAAUGGGACCCGAGGAGCGAGCUGACCGACAGCAGGACAGCCCGAUCUGCGUGGUCCAGUUCCUGGGGAAGAAUGGAUAACCUGGAGUCCGACUUCAAUCUGAAGAGCGUUCUGGUCAGUUUCAAGCAGUGUCUCAACGAGAAGGAGGAGGUGCUGCUGGACCACUACCUCACCGGCUGGAAGGGGCUGGUCAGGUUCCUGAACAGCCUGGGCACCAUCUUUUCCUUCAUCUCCAAGGAUGUGACAACCAAGCUGCAGAUCAUGGAGCGGCUGUGUGGCAGCCCACAGCAGGAACACUACCACAGCCUGCAGUCCAUGGUGGCCUAUGAGGUGGGCAACCAGCUGGUGGACCUGGAGCGGAGAUCCCGCCACCCCGACUCAGGCUGCCGGACCGUACUGCGGCUGCACCGCGCCCUGCGCUGGCUGCAGCUCUUCCUGGAAGGCCUACGCACCAGCCCUGAGGAUGCACGCACUGCCGUGCUCUGCACCGACUCCUACAAUGCUUCACUGGCUGCCUACCAUCCAUGGGUCAUCCGCCGGGCUGCCACCGUGGCUUUCUGCACGCUGCCCGCACGCAAGGUCUUCCUGGAGGCCAUGAACGUGGGGUCCCCCGAGCAGGCUGUGGAGAUGCUGGGUGAGGCCCUGCCCUGCAUUGAGCAUGUCUACGACAUCUCCCAGAAGCUCUAUGCUGAGCACACCCUGCUGGACCUGCCCUAGGGGCCAGUGGGCCCAGGCACAGCAGCCUCCCUUUCUCCAGAGCGGGGCUGCGCACUGCAGGCCUGUCAGCCCCACUGUGGGGAUCUCUUGAUGCUCCACGAGUGGGACAGUCACUGCCCUCACUGCAAGCUGAGCUUGUCGGGAGCUGCUGCCCAGCAUGGCCCUCAGGCUGCGCCUCCAGCCUGCCACGCACAGUUGCAGACAGGUGGUGACAGAGAAGGGCUACACUCUGCCCAGGGCCAUUUUAGCUUUACCUGUUGCCAAGCUACAGGUGUGUCCAGGCAGGCCGCAUCUUGGUUGGUGAAGUGCAGAAGGCAGGUGGGUGGGGGCAGGAUGGCAUGCAUGCAGAAGCUGAAGAAGCUGCCUCAGCUGUGGGUCCAGUCACUAGUCCCUGGAGGGUAGAGGUUCCAUCCUCUUCACCAGCCAAAUGGCCCAGUUGGGACCAGGAUGCGGUGUCUGUGCCCAGGUGCCUCAGGCUGCUUGUACUGGGCAGGCUGUCCCCAGGACAUGGCAGGACCCCAUUGGCAGCAGGGCCCUGUGGGCUCUCCUGCCCCCCACCUGCUUGUUGGCUGGGGCCCACGUGCCCUCGGCAGGGAAGACCUGCUCUGUGACCCUGUUCACGUGUCAGUUGCCUCCUACAGCCACGCGUACGCCCGGGCAGCUGCCUGGGAGUCGCACAGCACAGCCUUGCAGCCCUGGAAGUCAGGACUCCACUGGGCCGGGGCCGGGCCCCCUUCCAGCAUCUGCAGGACGCUGUGCCUGUUGCCUGCCCUUGCUGCCUCGUUCCACAGAACUCAGGAGACCCAGGGUGACAGUGCGGGGGGGCGCCUGGGCCCCUCUGCCCCGAUGGCAGGCUCACGGAAGGCUGUCAUCCGCUGCUUGAGGGCCCAGCCUCUCCCACAGGCUCUUUACUGUGAGCCCUGGACCUUGGGUACCAAGGGGACAGUGUCCACUGUGCAGCAGACGUGCCCAAGUGUGAGCUUAUGGGGACCCUUGGAAACUAAUACAGUUGAUGGCUUUCCCAGCAUAAAUAAAUUACACUCCCAGAACUAGGCACUGUGCUCCAGG